CAGGGUCCUCUUCUCUUUUACUCUUCCGCUGAGUCUUUGUCUUAAAUCAAAGCUAGAGAAAGAGAGAAGCUUCUUUCUUUUUUUAAGCAGGAAAAACCCGAUUAAGAUCCGAUUAACUGUAAAUCGGGUGAUCGGCUGCAUUGAUUUUGUCCAUUUUCUUUUAAACAAGGGACAGAGAAAAGGGAAGCUUUGGAUCGAAGCAUCGAAGGUUUUUUCCUUUAUUGUCAGUAUAAAUAAUUGAGAAGAGGAGGGGAGAGAGUUGGGAGAUGAACGGAAUGGGGAGACAGGGGCAGAGAUCUGGUUCGACAGGGGUUCAGGUGCACCAUCAGAGACAAUACUCAGAUAACUUCUUGGAAACGACGUCGAAUGGGAGAUGGCUUCAGUCUGCUGGUCUUCAGCAUCUUCACUCUUCUAACAACUCUAUUCCUCCUCUUCAGCUUGGAAAACUGUUAAGAAAGCCGGCUACUCGAAGUCAAAGUUUUUUUUUUGGUAUUUUUUGAAACAAAAAUUAAAGUGAAGUUUUUUAGAUGCCAUUUUAUUGGAGUACAAAUGGGGUUUCGUCUUUAUAGAGAAAUUCUUAAUUUUUUUGUAGAUCUAAAUUAUAAGGUUUUUUUGCCAGAAAAAAAAACUACGAGAAAAAGAGAAAUUUAAUAAUUAAUCUGCUAAAGUUUAAUGCUCUAUUGAUGUUCUAUUACUAAAGAAGAAAAAAAAUGCCAAAAAAAGAACUCAGGAAGAGAAGGUUUACAUUGAAGGGAUUAUGCCUUUUAUGGCGGUGGAGUUGGAGGAGGCGGAGGACAAGGGUCUAGAAUGUAUAGGAAUGUGCAGAGGGGUUUUAAUACGGGGAAUGACUUUUUCACGGAGCCUACAACUCCUCCAGUUAGUUCACGGCCGUCAAGCCAGAGGAAGAAUGGUGGAGACUCCCCCAGUGAGUUCAGUCCUGGUCUUCUAGAUCUGCAUUCUUUUGAUACAGAGCUCCUGCCUGAGAUGCCGGUUCCCAACCUGUACGAUGGUCCUUCUCUCUAUAAUCCUGUUCGAGGCAGAAGCUUUGAUGACUCUGAACCCUAUAUUUCAGACAACAAACAAGCAAGCAGAGCUCGUGGUGUGCCAGAGAAUAGCCUCCUCAAAAGCUUUGCUUCAGACAAAGAGAAGGCCAAUUCAGUUGCAAAGAUCAAAGUUGUGGUGCGCAAGAGACCUCUCAAUAAAAAGGAGUUAGCAAAGAAUGAGGAAGAUAUUAUAGAAACACUUUCCAAUUCCCUAGUAGUCCAUGAGACCAAAUUAAAGGUUGACCUAACAGAAUACAUGGAGAAGCAUGAAUUUGUUUUUGAUGCAGUGCUGAAUGAGGAGGUCUCAAAUGAUGAGGUCUAUCGUGAGACUGUGGAGCCCAUAGUUCCUAUAAUUUUUCAGCGCACGAAAGCAACUUGUUUUGCCUAUGGUCAAACAGGAAGUGGGAAAACCUAUACUAUGAAGCCACUCCCCCUUAAAGCUUCUCGUGAUAUCUUGAGGUUGAUGCACCAUACAUACAGGAACCAAGGAUUUCAGUUGUUUGUGAGCUUCUUUGAGAUAUAUGGAGGAAAAUUAUUUGAUCUCCUCAGUGAUAGGAAAAAACUUUGCAUGCGAGAGGAUGGUAAGCAGCAAGUUUGCAUUGUGGGUCUACAAGAGUACAGAGUAUCAGAUGUAGAAACUAUUAAGGAGCUUAUUGAGAAAGGAAAUGCCACAAGAAGUACCGGUACCACAGGUGCAAAUGAGGAAUCCUCCCGUUCUCAUGCCAUACUUCAGCUUGCUAUUAAGAGAUCUGUUGAUGGCAAUGAAUCAAAGCCUUCCCGUGUUGUUGGCAAGCUCUCCUUUAUUGAUCUUGCUGGAAGUGAACGAGGUGCAGAUACCACGGAUAAUGAUAAGCAGACAAGAAUGGAAGGUGCUGAGAUCAACAAGAGCUUGUUAGCUUUGAAGGAGUGCAUAAGAGCCCUUGACAAUGAUCAGGGUCACAUUCCUUUCAGAGGCAGUAAACUUACAGAGGUUCUAAGGGACUCAUUUAUGGGCAAUUCACGUACUGUUAUGAUAUCUUGCAUUUCACCAAGCUCUGGGUCAUGUGAACACACUUUGAACACCUUAAGAUAUGCUGAUAGGGUGAAGAGCCUUUCAAAAGGGGGAAAUCCUAAGAAGGAUGUAUUAUCUUCAACCUUAAACCUGAAAGAAUCAACUGCUCUGCCCUUAUCUUCGGUUUUACCAACUGCAUCGACCUUUGAGGAUGAUAUUAAUGAUACAUGGCCUGACCAAAAUGAAAGAGAUGAUUUUGAUGCAUCAGAAGAUUCCUAUGAGCCGGAGAAAGCGAUGUGGAAGAAAAAUGUGAAGCCAGAUCAAUACAGUUUCUCUACUUUGGAGGACAAGUUGUGGAAGCCUAACGGUCAGACCAAAUGGAAGGAACCACUCAGAACUGAUUUUAAGCAUUCAAAAUCAGAUGAUGAUUUGAAUGCCCUCCUGCAGGAAGAGGAAGAUCUUGUAAAUGCUCAUAGAAAACAAGUGGAGGAGACUAUGAAUAUUGUCAAAGAGGAGAUGAACCUGCUGGUUGAAGCAGACAAACCUGGAAACCAGCUGGACGAUUAUAUAUCUAGAUUGAAUGCUAUUCUUUCUCAGAAGGCUGCUGGCAUUAUGCAGUUACAAACUCGUUUGGCUCAUUUUCAGAAGCGCUUAAAGGAGCAUAAUGUUUUAGUAUCUUCUUCUGGCUAUUAAUCACUUAUCGCGGUGCAGAAAGAAGUCAAAACUAUUAAUUUGGCUUCUCCCAGAAAUACAUUGCAAGAUUGGCCUAAGCAUGGGUUUGGUGAGGCCUUUCUUUUUGUGAUUUUUAAGGAAGUAUAUUUGAAACUUGGUUUCGCAGCAGUUUGCCGGAUGAUCCACCGGUUAUCCUGUAACCGCCAUUGAUGCAGGGUGAUUAAAACCCUGCCCUCUUUCUUUUCCAUAAUGCUAUUCUUUUUUUUUAUUAUUAUUAUUAUUAUUAUUUUCUUGUUCUUCAACAAGAAAUAGCCAAUAGGCGAAAGGAAGUAAUGGAUUUACAUGCUUUUUGGCAUGCUAUUGUAAAGUUCUGCAGUGAUAUUGUUAUUUGAUUCAUUAUUCAAAUAUGUGUCAGACAAUUUAGUCCA